CGCGCGUCGUCUCUCUCUCUCUCUCUCUCUCUCUCUCUCUGAGGCUCUUAGCAGACCCAAGAACUAUCCACUUUCCAAAUGGCUUUCUAUAACAGGGUUGGGAGCCUUUUGAGGCAGGGCAUUUCCCAGAAUGGACAAGCGCCAAUGGCAUCCAUGUUGAACUCUGCUCGUUACAUGUCCUCCAAGCUUUUUAUUGGAGGUCUUUCGUUUUCCACUGAUGACACAUCUCUCAAGGAGGCAUUUUCCGGCUUUGGUGAUGUGACUGAUGCAAAAGUUAUCAUGGAUAGGGAUACUGGAAGGUCUAGGGGAUUUGGAUUUGUCAACUUUGUUGACGAAGAAGCGGCCAAUUCAGCCCUCACUGCUAUGGAUGGCCAGGACUUAAAUGGGCGAAGCAUUCGUGUGAGUGUCGCUACCGAACGAACUGGUCCUCGACCAUCCAGCGGUGGUUACCGUGGGGGUGAAGGUGGUGGUUACGGAGGUGGUUACCGUGGUGGUGACAGUAGCUAUUAAACAGUUGCACAAGUGCUGUCUAUAGGCUUUUCUAUGUUUAUUUAUCUUUAAAUCUAAAGUUGUUUUAGUCAGUCGGAUUUUAUAAGCCAAGUUCUGCUGGUUUAUAUAUCUUGCUAUGUAACGCUGCAGAAAGAGUUUGAAGGUGAAGGAUUUCCAUUUGCAUGUUAUCCAGCCAUAUUGCUGAAUGGUGUUUGUGUAUGAAUUUAUGAGAUUCUACUAGGUUACUCCAGUUCUAACCAUAUAUUGCCUUGUGCACGUGGUAUGGGAAGAAAUUGAAUCUGCUUGCUCGCCUGUGCGAAACUGGGUUCUGGUGUGAAUUCAAGGAGUAUCAAUGAUUUUGGCUGCCAAAAAUGCUAAUCCCAGACAGCAGGUCCGUGAUACAAAUGUUUUUGUGUAUUAGAAGCCCAACCUCCAAUACUAAAAAAAUGUUCUUUUUUAUCGAAAAAAAUCUAGUACUACAUCAUCGAGCCUUUCGGAAUCCAAUUCUUCAGUGUUGGAUGUCAGCUGUGGUACUUGGUUUCUUCUUCCAUUUCGCUUCUCAGAAGAGCAUUACUAUGAGGUUCUUCACUUCAUGAAAAACAUCACCCUCUGUAUUUGCAGAUCAGUUUCAGUGCAUCUUCUUGUGUUUUUUCCCCUUAUU